CAACUGUGGAAACCCUCUGUGUGCUGCAAGCUCCUGCUCCGAUCCCAGGUGCUUGGUGUGAUUGAGCUCCCAGGAGUGGACGGCUCUCUGAGUGCCCACCUGCUACCCUGCGCAGGAACCCAGUGGGCAGUGAGGCAGCCAUGGGACUGCUGACUGGGGAGGCGCUGGCACCCGUGGCCGUGGCCGUGGCCAUCUUCCUGCUCCUAGUGGACCUGAUGCACCGGCGCAUACGCUGGGCCCCACGCUACCCACCAGGCCCCCCGGCACUGCCCGGACUGGGCAACUUCCUGCAGUUAAACUUCAAUGACGUGCCGUACAGCUUCAACAAGCUGCGGGGCCGCUUCGGGGACGUGUUCGGUCUGCAGCUGGGCUGGACGCCCGUGGUCGUGCUCAACCGGCUGGAGGCCGUGCGCGAGGCACUACUCCAACGCGGAGAGGACACCUCAGACCGCCCUCCCAUGCCCAUCUACGAGCAGCUGGGCUACCGGCCAUCGGCAGAAGGCGUGAUCUUAGCGCGCUACGGGCCCGCGUGGCGCGAGCAGCGGCGCUUCUCCGUGUCCACCAUGCGCAACUUCGGCCUGGGCAAGAAGUCGCUGGAGCAGUGGGUGACCGAGGAGGCCGCCUGCCUCUGCUCUGCCUUCGCGGACUAUGACGGACGCCCCUUUAUACCCAACGGCCUCCUGAACCAAGCGGUGUGCAACGUGAUCGCCUCCCUCACCCAUGCGCGCCGCUUCGAGUACAACGACCCUUUCUUCUGCAAACUCCUGGGGCUGGUGGAGGCCUCAGUGAGGGAGGAUUCGGGCAUCCUCCGAGAGGUACUGAACGCGAUCCCAGUUCUCUUGCACAUUCCGGGGCUAGCCGGUAAGGUCUUCCCGGGGCAGAAGGCCCUCAUGGACCUGCUGGAUGAGCUGGUCACCGAGCACAGGGAGGCCUGGGACCCAGCCCAACCCCCGCGUGACCUAAUGGAUGCCUUCCUGGGUGAAGUGGAUAAGGCCAAGGGGAACCCCGAGAGCAGCUUCACUGACGCCAACCUGCGCCUGGUGGUGGCCGACCUGUUCACGGCGGGGAUGAUUACCACCUCGAUCACACUGGCCUGGGCCCUCCUGCUCAUGAUCCUGCACCCGGACGUGCAGCCCGUGAUCCACGAGGUGCAGCGCUUCGGGGACAUCAUCCCCCUGGGCGUGCCACACAUGACCUCUCGCGACACUGAGAUCCAGGGCUUCCUCGUCCCCAAGGGGACGCAACUCAUCCUCAACCUGUCAUCGGUGCUGAAGGAUGAGACCGCCUGGGAGAAGCCCUUCCGCUUCCACCCGGAACACUUUCUGGACGCCCAGGGCCGCUUCGUGAAGCCGGAGGCCUUUAUACCUUUCUCAGCAGGCCGCCGUGCAUGCCUCGGGGAGCCCCUGGCCCGCAUGGAGCUCUUCCUUUUCUUCACCUGCCUCCUGCAGCGCUUCAGCUUCUCAGUGCCUGCCGGGCAGCCCCAGCCCAGUGACCAUGGACUCUCUGGCUUCUUGGUGGCCCCGUCCCCCUACCAGCUCUGUGCCUUGCCCCGCUAAAGAGGGUCACCAGGACCCCAAACCCCAACCCCAGACAGAGACCCUGAGCUACAAUAAACCAGUCUGGCAGCUCCCA